GGGUCGUAUUUUAAAACAUUUCGUCGCCCAAGUUCACAUAUUUGACAUGGCUUUCGUAGGAGCUGUAGGCCUUUCCAGGGGUAGUUUUAUGACCCUGGUAGUAGUUUGACCCUUCUUCUGUGCCAUGAACCUUAAAAACACUCAUGAAAACCCGAUUGAUCCCCUCUUUGACCUUUAGAAAUAGUUGAUGUGAGAAGCGAUGGUGUCUUAAAAUACGGCACUGGGAGAAACCUCAAGCCUCCUGUGACAUCAAGAUCAAGACCAAGAUCGAGCCCUGAGAUUUGAUUUUCUCUUCUCUAUUCUUUGGAAACACACGAGAAGUUAAUCAAGACAAGGAGAGGGUGUUCCCCGGCUGCCUGGGACGUGACGGGAGAGCCAAAGAGGUAGAGUUAUUAACACAUGCAGCCGUGAACACUUUUUGAAGCGGCGCUGUGGGAUUACUUGUGUGAGGAGAGGAAGGAAGGAUAGCCGGCGUGUGGGAUGGGUGGAAGGUCCAACAUUGCCUCUCUCGUGUUCAAGCCGCCUGGCGCUCCCGUCUCAUCACUGGGAAGGACUACUGGCCAUGAGUGUAGCGUUGAGGAAGACUUGCUGCCCCCUCGCCCUCAAGGCUGGCCUGCAGCCUGAGUGGCCAGGAGCAGCGGAGCAGACUGUCACUGGUGUGAGGACCAAGGCCUGAUGAGAAGGACCACCACCACCGUGCUGCUGCCUUCUCCAGCCAUAAAGGAAAGGGAAAGGUUGAGUGUCAGGACUGUAGGACAAUUUGAUAGGGGAGAGGAAGUUCAUCAGACACAGCCUUGCACACACUGGUUCAGGAAACCAUGAGAGCCAGGAGUGUGAGAAAAGCCUCCCUGGGAAGGGUGACUUUGACUAAGACACUCACUCCUUCUGCUGAAAGAAAUCAUGAUUGUGCAGUUUGUGGGGAAAGUUUCAGCAAGAAGGGUGAACUCAAGACACACAGCCUUUCACACACUGCUGAAAAAAAUCAUGAAUGUGAAGUUUGUGGGAAAAGAUUUAAUCUGAAGAGUACCCUCAACAGACACAUCCUUACACACACUGGUGAGAGAAAUCAUGAAUGUGAAGUUUGUGGGAAAAGAUUUAUUCAGAAGAGUUACCUCAACACACACAUCCUUACACACACUGGUGAAAGAAAUCAUGAAUGUGAAGUUUGUGGGAAAAAAUUUAAUCGGAAGAGUACCCUCAACAGACACAUCCUUACACACACUGGUGAGAGAAAUCAUGAAUGUGAAGUUUGUGGGAAAAGAUUUAAUCUGAAGAGUUGCCUCAACACACACAUCCUUACACACACUGGUGAGAGAAAUCAUGAAUGUGAAGUUUGUGGGAAAAGAUUUAAUCUGAAGAGUACCCUCAACAGACACAUCCUUACACACACUGGUGAGAGAAAUCAUGAAUGUGAAGUUUGUGGGAAAAGAUUUAAUCUGAAGAGUAACCUCAACAGACACAUCCUUACACACACUGGUGAGAGAAAUCAUGAAUGUGAAGUUUGUGGGAAAAGAUUUAAUCAGAAGAGUUACCUCAACACACACAUCCUUACACACACUGGUGAGAGAAAUCAUGAAUGUGAAGUUUGUGGGAAAAGAUUUAAUCAGAAGAGUUACCUCAACACACACAUCCUUACACACACUAGUGAGAGAAAUCAUGAAUGUGAAGUCUGUGGGAAAAGAUUUAAUCGGAAGAGUUACCUCAACAGACACAUCCUUACACACACUGGUGAGAGAAAUCAUGAAUGUGAAGUCUGUGGGAAAAAAUUCUGUUUAAGGUCAUACCUGAAGAGACAUAGCAUAAGACACACUGGUCACAAAGGGUUCAAAUGUGAUGCUUGUGGAAAGCGUUUCAUGACCAGAGCUGAGAUUACCAGACAUGUGAAGAUUCACCUCUGAGGUGUUGUGUUGUGCUGCUGUAUGUGGGAGAGAGUAGGCAGUGCAGGGCAGCAUUGACUAGCAUGAAGGACAGAAAAUAUAGCCCAGAUGGGCAAUCAAGGCAGGUUGUGUGUGUGUGUGCGCGUGUGUGUGUAUUUACCUAUUUGUAUUGACCUGUUUGUAGUC